UACCUGUUACCUUCCAAAAACUAUUGCAGAUGACGCAUCCUCUAGGAUGGAGCUUGACCCCAAGCAGUACACUAAGGAGCUAUUCACAACAGAGGAAGGGAAAGAUGCAGUUCAAGAUGGGAAGCGUCCUGCUGCCUCUUCUUUUCUGGUACAAAGCUGCAAUGGCCCUUUCCCCAGGAGAGGAUGAGAGACUGGAGCUGUGGCACAGCAAGGCUUGCAAAUGUGAUUGCCAAGGAGGACCUAACUCGGUGUGGUCCAGCGGGACUAACAGCUUGGAGUGCAUGCCAGAGUGUCCCUACCACAAGCCCCUGGGUUUUGAGUCUGGCUCUGUCACCUCAGACCAGAUAAGCUGCUCCAACCCUGAGCAGUACACGGGCUGGUACUCCUCCUGGACAGCAAACAAGGCCCGCCUCAAUGGCCAAGGCUUUGGGUGUGCGUGGCUCUCCAAGUACCAGGACACUGCACAGUGGCUGCAGAUCGACCUGAAGGAGGUGAAGGUGAUUUCAGGGAUCCUCACCCAAGGGCGCUGUGAUGCUGAUGAGUGGAUGACCAAGUACAGCAUUCAGUACCGCACCGACGAAAACCUCAACUGGGUUUACUACAAGGACCAAACCGGGAACAAUCGGGUUUUCUAUGGCAACUCGGACCGCUCCUCCUCAGUGCAGAACCUGCUGCGGCCGCCCAUCGUGGCCCGCUACAUCCGUCUCAUCCCGCUGGGCUGGCACGUGCGCAUCGCCAUCCGCAUGGAGCUCCUGGAGUGCCUGGGCAGGUGUGGCUGAGGUGCUGUGUCCUGAGGUGGAUGUGGGGGUGUCUGCCCUGCCUCGCCACCACCACGGCUGCAGCCACGGUCCUGCGGUGUAAAUGCCCAGACGGGAGAAGGGAAGGGCUGUCUUGAAUAAAACAUGGCUCCACA